UCCAGGUUCACUCGCAGGAUUCGAUGCGCCGUACGCCGCGCCGCCGCCAGGCUGCGCUCGCCCCACACGUCGCCGCCGACGCGGAUGGUGGGGAAGGUGGUCAGCGUCGGGGUGGCCGCCCUCCAGAUCUCCUCCAGGGUGCGGCCCCCGAAGCAGGGCCCAGGCGCCGCGGGCUUGGCGGGGCGGCUCUCCCCGGGGGCCGGCGGCAACGGCGGCGGCGGCGGGGGCUUCCUCCGGCGGGCGGCGGGCGCCCGGGCUCCGCGGCGCCUCCUCCUGAACGCCGCGCUCAAGGUCGGCCUGCGCGUCGGGCCGCGGGCGGCAGGGGGUCCCGGAAGGUCGGGGACCAGGGCCCGGCAGGAAGAGUAGCCGUAGACGUCCUUGCUGCGCAGGAUAUGCGGGGAGAACUGGUGCUUGAGGCUGCAGAGGAAGCUCCAGAGCUCCGCAUCCGAGCUCAUGAACUCCGUGCUGCGGGGCAUGAACAGCUUGAAGGCGUCGCUCAGCGCCUUGGUGCUGUCGGCCAGCGAGAGUUGCGACGAGGACCAUUUUUUAAUUGGAGUUGUUUGUUUUCUUAUUGAUAGCUGUGAAGCUCCUCUGGCGUCUGCCCUGCCCCGGGCUUCCUUCAGCAGCUCCUCAGAGCGGUCCAGCAGCCACGGCCCUGGCUUUGCAAGCCUUAAUCGCAGAGACGGAGCUGGUGGCUGGUCUCCCCUUGUGUCAAAUAAAUACCAGUGGCUGCAGAUUGACCUUGGAGAAAGAAUGGAGGUCACAGCUGUGGCCACCCAGGGAGGAUACGGGAGCUCCGACUGGGUGACCAGCUACCUCCUGAUGUUCAGCGAUGGCGGAAGGAACUGGAAGCAAUAUCGACGAGAGGAAAGCAUCUGGCAGCAGGACACAAAGUACAGUCAACAAGGAAAAGGCAAGUGGACCAAAGUCUGGAGGGAACCAGAGGCAAGCUCCCUCGAGUCCUCUGCCAGUGGAACCACACAGGACACGCAUUUACCCGCCUAUUAAUGUGCUGCCCUCGUUGUCUCGGUGAAUGAAGUCUGCUACUGGAGAAGGUAUGACCAGAAAGGAUCACGCCGAUGUAUCUAACCAGCUGUAUGCAUGCUAUGCUAUUGGUAAGGAUGCGCAGGCCAUGAAAGCCGUAGUUGGAGAAGAAGCCGUUACCUCAGAUGAUGUGCUUUACUUGGAAUUUCUGCAGAAGUUUGAGAGGAACUUCAUUGCUCAGGGUCCUUACGAAAACCGCACUGUCUAUGAGACUUUGGACAUUGGCUGGCAACUGCUCCGAAUCUUCCCCAAAGAAAUGCUGAAGAGAAUCCCUUAGAGCACCUUGAGCGAAUUCUACCCUCGAGACUCUGCAAAGCAUUAGCUGCUACUUACCGCUGGCUCGAUGCUCUUGUGAAAUACUGGUUCUGUUUUCUUUAUUCCUUUUGCAGUCCCCCAUCCCCACCUUUGUGUUGGAGUUUACUGUGUUACCCUGUAAUUAAAAACAAAGAAUAGGUAACAUAUUGUGCCAGUGUUGCAAUGUUUUAAACUGCUAACAGACUUUAAAAUAUCCCCUGUUCCGAAAACCUGGAACUGCAGUGCUUUGUUUAAAGUAGCUGAGGGUUGGAGGUGAAGUUUUCUUACUGAUGUGUGUAUUCGUACGUAGUGGUGUAGUUAGCUGCCUAGUGUCCUCAUUAUUUGGGUCUCUCAGACCUUCCCUGUCCACCCCCUCCAGAGUAUCACUAUCUGAAGUUACAAUGCUUUGAUCUCCAAACUAGGGACAAGAUAGGGUCUGAAAGACGCUUCCUCUC